AUGAAGUUGGAGUGUCAAGAAAAACACAGUGAAAUCAGAAAUGGCGAAAUACAUGUAUAUGCAUGGUUCUUCAAUAGAAAUGUGUAUGAGAAUAAUACGAACGUGAUAACAUUUAACAAAAUUAAAUCCGAAAGGUCUGGAAAGUACACUUGCGUGGCACGGAAUAAAGCUGGCUUUGAUUCUGAUGCUGUGAAUAUUAUUGUGACCUAUCCCCCAAUCGUUUGGACCAAAGACAUCACAUUUAAUGGAAUAAACAGACCAAGGAUUAUAAAAUGUAAUGUUUCAGGUGUACCAAAUACAUACAAUAUCACUUGGCGUCAUUACACUAACAACAACCAGUUGGUCAGGGUGUUUAAUAACAGAAUAAACGGGGUGCUUAUCUUACCCGAAGGUGAGACAAAUGACCUUGUGUUUGAAGACAGUGGGGUCUACAGAUGCAACGUAACAAACGGUAUUCCAGACGAAAGUGGAAAUCUAUGGCAGUCAAAAAAGAUACAAGUGAAAGUUGAAGGUAAACCAGUAUUAGCUAAACCACUAAAGUCAACGUUUAUCGGUCAUUUUAACGAAACCUCUAGUAUAAGCUUGUUUGUUCUCAGCUCUUCAAAUGUGACACAAGCAGAAUGGAAAGCAGCUGAAAAUAGAAACUCCCUUGGACAUGGUUGUUGUAGUUCAACUGUCAAUAAAACAUCAUUUAAUGGGAAGUGUCUUGAUAUGUCUGGUUAUACAUGCGUUUUUCUAAUAAAAAAUACAAGAGAAGAGGAUUUUCAAAACUAUACUGUAGAUUUAAUAAAUAAAAAUGGGAGAAACACUUUUGACAUUUCUCUAAUUUCUUCAGGAGUACCUGAGGUACCUAGUAUAACUGACAUUUAUCAAAGACAAAAUUAUAUAGUCUUGGAAUGGAAACCAACAUUUGAUGGCGGUGCACCACAAGGCUUUAUUGUGCAGUAUCGGAAAAAAAAAGAUAAAAACUGGGAGUCAAUUAGGAUUCAAUCCAAUGAAACAAAUGAUUUCGUCUACAUUUCGAAACUUAAGCCUGAUACCGAAUACGAGCUCCGAAUGCUUGCCUUCAACAGAUUAGGAAACAGCUCUUUCACAGUACAAUUCACAACUCUCUUCAAAGGUGAGACGAAAGAUGUCUGGACACAAUUCAACUUGUUUCUUUGUAUACCUAUUGUAUUGCCAGUUUGUUUGUUCGUUUUCUUAUUGUGGUACAGAAAAGUUCUCCACGACGGAAUAGUAACCAUGACCAAGGUGUGGUUAUUGGACACGAUAUCGAUAUUUUUGGUAACGGAGAUGACAUAUAUUCCUCGAUAGAUAGCCGUAGGCAAAUGUUAGAUAUACAACAAGUUAAUUACAAAAUCGCAGGAAAGGGCAAAGGAGGAAAACACUCAGAUUGUGAAAAUUCAAACCAACGACGAAACUGGAAAAGAAAGCAUGAUUCUACGAAAUUGAAUUAUAUCGAGAUCGCGUUUGAUCCUGUAGCCAAUAAACGCCAGUUUCGCAUUCGUGGAGCUGACAACAGAACGCCGUAUGCAGACAUUGACUUUACAGCAAAAGCUGAUCCAAUGAUAAGUUCAGACGAAAGUGAAGACAGCUUGUCUCUGAAUGAAAACAAUGAUAAUGAUUUUGUGUCUUUGGAGGAUGUUCAGCAAUGGAACAUUCAUAGUGAAUGAAUAUUAUAUUUCAAUGUGAAUGAAUACUAUAUUUCAUUGUGAAUUAAUAUUAUAUUUCAUUGUGAGUGAAUGUUAUAUUUCAUGUAUAUAGUAUUCAUCUAAACCUCCUUUGGGACUUAGCAUAUGUAAGGG